UGGUGCGUGAGGAUAUGAACCCAAACCGGUUCAAGGAUGCCCUAGUCCAACGUUUCGGUGACCGCAUCGAAGUGGUAUGUUGCAAGUUGCUGAAUUUUAUGUCCCAGACUGGUAAGGGCACGCCCACAUCUACUGGCUGGUUUGAGGUUGAAAUUAGUGGUCUGGGGCUAGUCUUCUCAAAAAAGAAUGGCGACGGAUUUGUCGACACUCAAGAAAAACUCGACAGAAUUUCUGACGCCAUUGAAAAAGUUUUGUGA